AUGGCAAUGCAAGCGAAGGAAGUUUCACCGGGACGAACGAGAUUGCAGCAUGCGACAAGCAAGCUCAAAAGUUACGCGUGGCUGGUGCCCCUAGUUCACACGGAAUUCUGGAUUUCCGCGGGGUUCUCACUCAUACAGCCUUUCUUUCCUGAAGAGGCAACUUCCAGGGGGUUGUCAUCAUGGAAGUACAGUUUCGUCUUCUCUGCGUACAAGUUCGGAAUGCUGCUGGGCUCAGUACUCGCGGAGCGAAUGCUCAAGACAUGGCCUCCAACAUCUUGCUAUGUUAUCGGUCAAGGUGGCUUCUUUAUAUUUCUCAUUGCAUUCGGCUGCCUCUACUGGAUACGAGACGGGAACACCUUUUUGGCAGCAUCUAUAACAUCCGUACUUUUUGGAGGACUCGCAAACAAUAUGUACAUCGUCGGCAUGUUGACGGUCGUCACGACGAGAUUCGACCAGAACAGCGGCAUCUUCAUAGGAUUUUUCGAAUUCCUAUGGGGCACAGGCAACAUGGCAGGAAGCUACAUCGGAGGAUUUUUAAUAGAUGCCUGGGAAUAUCCGCUCCCAUUCUUUGUCCUCGGCGCCGUUGCUGUGGCCACCCUACCCAUCAUUGUCAAGCGGCGACGACAGUUUGAAAACAAUGAGAGCAAACAACAAGAUCUGAGCGAAGCGGAAGCGAACAUCAAUCACUUGUGGCUCCUCGUGGAUCCCAUUUUUUUCGCCGAUAUGGUCACGCUCACUAUGGUCUGGAUUAUCCUCGGAUUCAACGAACCAACACUGGAGCCAAGUCUCACGAAGUUUGACCUGGACUCCAAUGGGACCGGUAUUGUUUUCACUGUUCACUAUGGCUGCUACGCCUGUGGGUGCAUCAUCGCUGGAGUCAUUUCUCAUUUCAAGGGUGACGGCUGGGGCAUGGUGUUAGGUCAGUGCCUCUGUACCGUUGGAUUCCUCGUCAUGGCACCGGCUUCAUUCAUUGCCAGAGAAAGGAAACCCUGGAAUGUGUAUACGUGCCAAAUCCUUGUUGGUUUUGGCGCGUCCUUUCUAUUCAUCUGUGCAUUCAGUCAUGUCCUUCAACACGUUAUGCGCCGUGGAUACCCAAAGAACUUUAGGACCAAUAGCUUUGUGUCCAGCUCUGUCUUCUCCUUCCUGGUCAUCGGAGCCAUUGUUACACCACCUGUUGCUGGAUACGUCUACGAUACUUUUGGUUAUCAAAACGCUUGCCUCGCCCUCAGCUGCUUUAUGGGAGGAUGGGUUCCCUUCACGGUCGCAGUAUGGAUUCACACAACCUGUAAAAUCUCGCGCACAGGCAUUAUCACCACCGUUAAAUAAAGCUG